AUGGCAAAACCUCUUUUGUUAUUAGUGCUAUCCUUAAUCUUCCUUUCCUUCCUCUCACCCACUCUAUCAAGUACCAUCUCCAAUGACAUAGAUUGGUGGUGCAACAAAACCCCACAUCCUAAAAUUUGCAAACACUACUACAUGACCCAUAAUCCAAAGGUCACAAAUAGUACACCAAAAGUAAAGUCUGAGUUCAAGAAAACCAUUGUCCAAAUAGCCUUAGAGGAGUCCCUUAAAGCAAAAACUCACAACAAGUGGCUUGGCUUUAAAUGUAGAAACAAGAAGGAAAAGACUGUAUGGAAUGAUUGCAUGCAACUCUUUGAAGAAACCAUAACCCUACUCAACCAAACCCUAGACUCUACCACCAAAUGCACCAACUAUGACAUGCAAACUUGGCUUAGCACUGCUCUUACGAACCUAGAAACCUGCAAAGCCGGCUUUGUUGAGCUAAAUGUUUCAAACAAUGUCUUGCCCCUCAUGUCCAACAAUGUUUCUGACCUUAUAAGCAACUUUUUGGCUAUCAACAAAAAUGACUCAGUGACCCCAGACACAGAAAGGUACAAAGAUGGGUUUCCAAGUUGGGUUUCGGGUAGUGAUAGGAAGCUAUUACAAUCUUCUACAAUAGCUGCAAACCUUGUGGUGGCACAAGAUGGGUCAGGGAAUUAUAAAACUAUUACUGAGGCUUUGAAUGCAGCGGCUAAGAGAAGUGGGAGUGGGAGGUUUGUGAUAUAUGUGAAAAGUGGGGUUUACAAGGAGAACCUUAAUAUUGGGAGUAAAUUGAAGAAUGUUAUGCUGGUUGGUGAUGGGCUAAGGUGGACCAUUGUUACUGGUAGCAAGAGCGUUGGAGGAGGCUCCACAACUUUCAACUCUGCAACUGCUGCUGUGACUGGCCAAGGUUUCAUUGCUCGUGGCAUCACAUUUCGUAACACUGCUGGUCCAUCAAACCAUCAGGCUGUGGCACUAAGAUCAGGUGCCGACCUCUCUGUCUUUUACCGGUGUGGCUUUGAAGGGUACCAAGACACCCUCUAUGUGCACUCACAGAGACAAUUCUACAAAGAAUGCUACAUCUAUGGCACAGUAGAUUUCAUAUUUGGAAAUGCCGCAGUUGUUUUCCAGAACUGCAUGAUUUAUGCAAGGAAACCAAUUAUCGGGCAAAAAAACACGGUUACAGCUCAAGGUAGAACCGAUUCUAAUCAAAACACAGGGAUUUCAAUCCAUGAUUCGCGUGUUAUGGCAGCAUCAGACCUUAUACCAGUGCUAAGCUCAGUGAAAACAUACUUGGGUCGACCAUGGAAAGAGUAUUCAAGAACUGUUUACCUACAAACUUACCUUGACACUUUGGUGGAUCCAACAGGGUGGUUGGAAUGGAAUGGCAAUUUUGCAUUGAGUACUCUGUAUUAUGGAGAGUACAAGAACAUUGGCCCCCGCUCUUCGACUAGUCAGAGAGUGAAGUGGGGUGGUUAUCAUGUUAUAACAAGUGCAAGUGUAGCAUCACAGUUCACUGUUGAGAAUUUUAUUGGUGGGAAGUCAUGGUUGCCUGCAACUGGUGUGCCAUUUGUUGCUGGCCUCUGAUUUCUUCGACUAGUCAGAGAGUGAGGUGGUGUGGUUUUCAUGUUAUAACAAGUGCAAGCGUAGUAUUACAGAAAAGAAAUUUAUUGGUGGGAAG